UCAAAAAGGAAAGGUGGAACCGAUGCACAUAAACUACCUCCUUCAUCACACCCUAAACUGUCCCUCGUCUCUUAUCGGAUCUCGUUUGCAUCGCCCACUUCACAACCGCCCCGAGAGAGGCAAUACCUGAUGCCCCUCACUCUGCUGCAUGAGUGGCUGGUAAUCGACCGUUAGGUUCGUCGGGCUAAGCGGGAAGGGGAAAGAUGGAUACAAAUGCUCCUGAACCAGCCACAGAGGAAGGGUUCAAGGAUGACCCCCGCGAAGCUGAGAAGGACCAUGACGAUCCGCUGGCAGGGGCGACGACCUUCGAGGACCUGAUGAAGGUGGUGGGCCCGUACGGCCGCUGGACGAUCAUGGUGGUGUUCGUCUGUGCCGUCGGAAACGUGCCCGCGCCGUCGAGCAGCAUGACGUACCAGCUGGUGGGCGCCACUCCCGACCACUGGUGUAGAGUGGCGCCGCUGCUCCGUGCCAACUGGACCCAAUACCAGAUAACAUCCUUCGCCAUCCCCAUCAGGAGUGACACAGGACGGCUGGACGGCUGCGUCAUGAGGGACUACAAUUACGAGGCCGCGGCGGCGCUGAGCUACGAGGGCGCCAUGGCCAACGCAUCGCUGCUUCUUGCCUCCAACGACACACUCGCCUGUCCAUCCCGGAGCUUCAACUACUCACAACACCCGGACACCUUCGUCACCGAGUGGGACCUGGUGUGUGAUCGAAGGCACUUGUACGCCAGCAGUCAAGCCGCCGUCUAUGCUGGCGGUUUCUUCGGCGGUCUGCUCUCCAGCCACAUCUUAGAUAUCACGGGCAGGCGGUCUGCCUUGGUCGUCGCCUGCUUCAUCAACAUCGUUCUGAGCUUUGUGCUGGCCUUGGCACCAAACAUCACAGUCUACAUUAUAUUAAAGGCGAUUAUUGAGAUGAUCCAAAUCACGUACUACAUUGCUGGCAUUGUAUUAGCUAUGGAGAUCUGUGCCCCUAGCCAGCGCAACUACAUGGGCGCCCUCUAUUUACUGCCGUGGUCUUUCGGCUGCAUGCUGAUGCCGUUGGUGGCUUACUUGGUGCGGCCGUGGCGCUGGCUGACGGCCGUGUACGCCGCGCUUUUCUUCAUCACUCUCAUCUACAUUUGGCUGCCCGAGUCCCCGCGCUGGUUGAUCCACCACGGCCGCCACUCCGAGGCCCUGCGGGUCCUCCGCUGGGCGGCGCGUGUCAACCGUAGAACGCUUCCCUCAGACGAGCGACUCCUUGCCACCAUGCAAACCAUCAUGAGGAGGGAAAGACGCCGCGCCCCCGAUGGGUCUCCUACUACGACCACCACCACCAGCUUUCUGCGCCGCGGCAGCCGCUACCUAUUUGCAGUGUUGUUGACCCCCGGCCUGCGGUUGAAGGCUCUCGUGAUGUUCUACAUAUGGGCAGUUGCGGGGGCGUCUUACUUCGGCCUGAGCCACAACGCCAGGAUUCUUAGCGCUAACGUGUACCUGCACACGUUCCUGGCGGGGCUGGUGGAGGUGCCAGCGGUGUUCCUCCUGUGGCCAGCCAUUACCUACCUGGGCCGCAGGAAAACCCUUGCCUUCCUGUUGAUAGUGUGCAGUGUGUCCAUGACUUUCAUGACGCUGUCCAUGGUGACGCGUCUAGCAGUUUCGAACUUCGUUAAGCUGCUUUUAUCGCUCAUCGGCAAGAUGACCAUGACAGCUUCGUACCACCUGGCGUGGGUGUACACGCUGGAGUUGUUCUCCACUUCCAACAGGGCCCGUGUGGUGGGCGAGGCCAGCAUCCUGUGCAGGCUGUCCACCGUGUCCGUGCCCUACAUCAACGACCUGCUGGGUGAAGUGCUGCCCUGGGCACCCGGGGUCCUAUGCAGCCUGGCAGCCCUCGUCGGUGCGGGCCUGGUGGUCUUGCUCCCAGAGACCACUAACAGUAAGAUCACGCAGCGAGACGACUGCCGCCACGACCACCAAGACGACUACCCUCUCCAGGAAGCACUUAAUAGCAAGGCGGUGGCAUAGGACACUGAGACGCAGACGGAAUCCAUUGAAUACUGCUUGAAGAAGAUAUGACUGUUGACUACAAACAUUUCAGUAACUUUUAUUAAUUAUUCGCAACGCCCGUCACUGCUUAGGCAUAUUAUUAAAUUUUUUUUCCGUAAGUCUGGUUUGAUUUACUUGGCAUUAUUGGGGAUAUAAUUUGUAACAUAGUGUGGAUUUAUUCCAUAUUAUGGCUGCUCAACAUAAAACACAA